GCCGCCGGGACGCACCGGGCGAUAGGCAGCGGCAGUGAUGGACGGGUCCCGGGAGCAGCUCGGAGGCGGCGGGCCCACCAGCUCUGAACAGAUCAUGAAGACAGGGGCCUUUUUGCUUCAGGGGAUCCAACUUCCGGAAACCUCCCCCUCCCCCCGUGUGGCAGCUGACAUGUUUGCAGAUGGCAGCUUCAACUGGGGCCGGGUGGUCGUCUUUUUCUACUUCGCUAGCAAACAGGUGCUCACCGCCCUGUGCACUAAAGUGCCCGAACUGGUCAGAACCAUCACGGGCUGGACACCGGACUUCCUCCAGGAGCAGCUGCUUGUCUGGACCCAAGACCAGGGUGGCUGGAAUGGCCUCCUCUCCUACUUCGGGACCCCCACAUGGCAGACAGUGACCAUCUUUGUGGCUGGAGUCCUCACCGUCUCACUCACCAUCUGGAAGAAGAUGGGCUGAGGCCUCCUGCUGCCUUGGACUGUGUCUUUUCUUCAUAAAUUAUGACA